AUGUACUGGCUACUCUUACUACUGUUCAUCGGCAAGUCUUCGUGUCUAUUAGAGACACAAUUGGAAGAAGAAGAUCUUUCUGGCUCUCUUGUGGCUUUUGAUACAACAACGGAAAACUAUACGGUACCAGUUAGUGGCAAAUGCGUUUUGACUUGUUACGUGACAGAAGUGCGUUCGUUCAAAGUUCUUUGGCAAAAAAUUGAUCGGCCAAUUGUAGGCGGGAACCAAACGAAUGGACAAAAACAAGAACAACUUACUCUGAUUGCUUUCGAUGGAGUCGUCUACUCGAACAAAGAUCAUUAUCGUCUUGAAUCGGACUAUGUAGGUUCAUAUAAUUUAAUCAUUGAUCGCGUUAAUGAAGAUGACCAAGGAGAAUAUCAAUGUCAAAUUAACACUGAACCACGGAAAACAAAACGGAUAUUUCUUACAGUUCAAGUUCCACCUCGUAUUGUCGAUUUUCGUCCCAAUCCACCAUUGUAUUCAAUCCGUGCUGGUUCACCUUUGACACUCGCUUGUCGUGCCGAAGGUACACCAGUGCCUAACAUCCGCUGGCGUAUUCGUGAUGCCGAUGUGAAUCGCGUUGAAUCAUUACCACCGCCAGAUAAUAAUAAUACUUGGUUUAUUCCAUCAAUAUCUUAUACAUUUCCUCGUACAGUGGAAUGUAUCGCUGAUAAUGGUGUUUUACCUGCAUCAAAUCGAAUAUUUACAAUCAAUGUCGAAUAUCCACCUAUUGUCAAUGUAAAUAAUGAUUUAAUUCAAAGUGAACGACAUGGAAAUGUCAGUAUCGAAUGUCGAGCAUUAAGUCGUCCAUUUGCUCGUAUAACUUGGCAAAAAAAUGGUAAAAUGAUUGACGAGAUGAAAUCGAGUAACACUCGACUUAAUCAAACAAUGUCAAUAAGUCGACUGACAAUUCAGAUGAACAAUGAUGAUGAUUUUGGACAAUACAAUUGUAUUGCUGAGAAUAUUCACGGUCGAAUGGAAGCCAUUGUUUUUGUUCUUCAAGAAGCAACGACAACAAGUGAAAAAAAUCAUCGACAUUCGAAGCAUUAUUCAACCAGAACACAUUUAAAUCGAUCAGUAGCGAAAAUGCACACAGCGACUCUAAUGUCAUCGACAAUUGUAUACAUCGAACGUGACAUUCAUAUCAGUUCAUCAUCUUACCAUGCACGAACAUCGAAUAUCUUCAUAUAUCUCUUGUUGUUUUUAUUUCAAUUUCGAACAAUUUAUAGAUGA